CGGAAUUUUCUCGCUUUUGUAUACUCUCCUUCGUCUCCGACGUUCUCUAAGCUCAGCUCCUCCUCCCAUCAUUUAUCUGACCGCCUUAUCGGGGAAACAACAAAGACGGAAACGAAAUGGUUUUGUUUUGAUAGACUCUACCCUUUUUCCGAUUCACAUGGUAAGGACAUUGAGGUAGAGAAUACUAAAAGCAAUGGGAGAUGGGAGUUCCACUAGAUCCAACAGCUCAAACAGCAGUAGUGAGAAACCAGAGUGGCUGCAACAGUACAAUCUCGUUGGUAAGAUUGGUGAAGGAACAUAUGGUCUUGUUUUCUUGGCUAGAACCAAGACUCCGCCUAAAAGACCAAUUGCCAUCAAGAAGUUUAAACAGUCAAAAGAUGGAGAUGGAGUUUCCCCAACUGCUAUCCGCGAGAUUAUGUUGCUUAGAGAGAUUUCCCAUGAGAACGUCGUGAAGCUUGUGAAUGUCCACAUCAAUUUUGCAGACAUGUCUCUGUAUCUUGCCUUUGAUUAUGCGGAGUACGAUCUCUAUGAAAUCAUCAGGCACCACAGAGACAAAGUCGGCCAUUCGAUAAACACAUACACAGUUAAGUCUUUGCUCUGGCAGCUUCUCAAUGGAUUGAACUAUCUUCACAGCAAUUGGAUUAUACACAGAGAUUUGAAACCGUCGAAUAUCUUGGUUAUGGGUGAGGGAGAAGAACACGGAAUAGUGAAAAUAGCUGAUUUCGGGCUCGCACGGAUAUAUCAAGCUCCGUUGAAACCGCUAUCGGAUAACGGAGUUGUGGUCACAAUCUGGUAUCGCGCACCGGAGCUGCUUCUUGGCUCGAAGCACUACACGAGCGCCGUCGAUAUGUGGGCGGUUGGAUGUAUAUUCGCGGAAUUACUAACUCUCAAACCGUUGUUUCAAGGAGCAGAAGCGAAAUCGUCUCAAAACCCUUUCCAAUUAGAUCAACUCGACAAGAUAUUCAAGAUCUUAGGCCACCCGACGAUGGAUAAAUGGCCAACACUAGUUAACCUUCCGCACUGGCAAGGCGAUGUUCAACACAUUCAAGCUCACAAAUACGACAGCGUGGGACUCCACAACGUGGUUCACCUGAAUCAGAAAAGUCAUGCGUAUGAUCUGUUAUCCAAAAUGCUGGAAUACGAUCCGCUAAAGCGGAUCACGGCUUCACAAGCACUAGAACACGAGUAUUUCCGAAUGGAUCCUCUCCCAGGACGGAACGCAUUUGUAGCCACCCAACCGAUGGAGAAGAAUGUGAGUUACCCAACCCGUCCAGUCGAUACAAACACGGAUUUUGAAGGCACGACGAGCAUCAAUCCGCCUCAAGCAGUAGCAUCAGGAAACGUAGCAGGGAACAUGGCAGGAGCUCAUGGAAUGGGCAAUAGAUCGAUGCCAAGACCAAUGGUUGCACAUAACAUGCAGAGGAUGCAACCUCAAGGCAUGAUGGCUUAUAAUUUUCCGGCGCAGGCGGGGCUGAACCCGAGUGUUCCACUGCAGCAGCAGCGCGGGAUGGCUCAACCGCACCAGCAGCAACAGCUAAGAAGGAAGGAUCCCGGAAUGGGAAUGUCAGGUUAUGCACCUCCUAACAAAAGCAGACGCCUCUAAUGAUUAUAAGGUAAAAUCGGUAUCAUCAAUCUCGGGUUAGAGUCUGUGUGGCCGCAGAAGAAAGCGUUGCGAUUUAC